AUGCUAUCUGGAGCUGUUAACGCCAUACGUUCAGUCUUUAUGAGGGAGGACUCGGUUCCGGAGACGACGACAGAACCUAAUAAAUACAUAGAUCAGACAGAGUUAUGGAGAAGUAUCUUUUUACGAUGUGACGGAGACAGUUUGAAGAAGCUUUUAACGGUCUGCUCUCAUUUCCAUGCCAUCCUGUCUGAUAAUCGUUUCUGGCUUGAAAAGUGUAUUGAAGACAAAGUUAGUGUUCCGCCCAAAGCUUGGAGAGAUUAUGUAUUCAAUGAAACAGACCAUCGGUUCAAUUAUAGACUAAUUUUUUUCAAACGCCCCUACAAUAGAAAUCUUUCGUUCCCCAUAACUGAGGAAGACACCAUAUCCUCUCUUAUAAACAAAUACUCCAAAUGUUAUUAUUUAUCCAUCAGGAGUGCUGGCAAUGGCAUAAAGUUGGAACGAAACGAUGAGCUAAGAUUCCAUGAUGACAGGGUUUCAGUUUGUUUCGCUACAAGCUAUGAAGCUUGUCAUAGGCAACUAACUAUCGACCUCGAAGCUGCUGGUGUAGAGAAGUGGAUCUUAGAUGAAGUCCGACCUGUAAUUGAUGUUCGCGAACUGAUUUGCUGCCGCGAUGACUGUGCAGCUACAUAUGCAGGACAUUCAGGAUUGAUCGUUGGCACAAAUCUAGCUUGCUACCCAAUAAACGUCGUCAAAACUCAAAAUCACCAUAUGCAUUGGCCUCAAUGGACAGGAGGUAACGUUUGGGAGCCAGUUCAUUUCCGUUUCGAGAACUAUCCCGUAGGAGUAAGAGCCGUUCUCAUGCACAGCGAAGGACGGGAUAACCAAUUUUGGGCUGGUCAUUAUGGUGCAAAGUUCGCUAACUUAGAAGUCGUUGUAUCAUUCCCCGAAAAACCUUGCCUAAGAAAACCUGACGAGUUUUCCCAAUGA